AUGGGGCUAGUAUCUGGUGUUUUCUUGGUUAGUGGACUUGUUGAGAACUAUUCGAAAAUGGGGUUUAUGGAGAGUUCUGAAAAGUGUUUUGAGGAGUCUUUGGCUUUGGAUUCCGUGGUUUGGACAGCUAUGAUUAAUGGGUAUGUAUGGUAUGACGAAUUUGAAAAGGCCAGGGAGGUUUUUAUGGGAAUGAGGGGUUUGGGUGUGGAAUUGAAUGAGUUUAGCUUGACUGGUGUGCUUGGUGCAGUGCUUGAUGUGAAAGAGGGUGAACUCAUUCAUGGUUUGGGUGUAAAGAUGGGAUUUUUAACUGGAUGUUCAACUCACUUGAACAAUGCAGUCAUGAAUAUGUAUGGUAGGUGUGGUCGUAAUAUUGAUGCUGUAAAUAUGUUCGAUGAAAUUCCUAAUCCAGAUGUUGUAUCUUGGACAGAGCGGAUUGGUGUGGCCUACGAUUGUGUGGAAGCUGUGGAACUCUUUAUAUUUUGUUGGUCGAAAGGUUUUGAAGUAAAUGAGUACACAAUAAUCAAAAUUUUGUCUGCCAUGGGAGGUCCAAGUAUGUUGAAACUAGGGAAACAAAUUCAUUCUCUUAUUUACAAGGCUGGGUAUUUGUCUGUGGUUUCUGUUUCCAAUGCAGUGAUAUCUUUGUAUGGGAAAACCGGGCAGAUGGGUGAUGCCAGACGUGUGUUUGAUGAGAUGAAUUUUCAAGAUUCUGUUUCUUGGAAUUCAAUGAUUUCUGGCUAUUCUGAGAAUGGACUUGCUGGUCAGGCUUUUGCAAUGUUCUCUCAGAUGCGUGAUAUUUUGCUGCAACCUAAUGAAUAUACUCUGGCAAGCAUGUUGGAAGUAAUCUCGAACUCUAAUUCUCUGGAACAAGCAAUGCAGAUACAUGCACUAAUGGUCAAAUUAAGAUUCCUAUCAGAUGAUUGCAUGCUGUCUUGCCUAAUAACAGCAUAUGGUAAAUGCAAUAGAAUUGACGAAUCAAAAAGGGUGUUCAAUGAGAUUGAUAAAGUGGACAAGGUUCAUCUUAAUGCAAUGGCAGCUGCAUUUGCUGAUGCCGGUUAUCAUGCUGAUGUUUUAAAAUUGUUCCAAACCAGAUUGAACAUGUCCCUUGAAGUUGACAGCGUAACUUUCAGCAUAGCUCUCAAAGCUUGUGGAGUUCUAACAGAUUUAGGUCAAGCAAGGACCAUACAUUCUUUGGCUCUUAAAUAUGGUAUUGAUAUGGAUAGCUUCAUUGGAAGUGCUAUUGUUGACAUUUAUUGCAAGUGUGGGAGCAUAGAUGAUGCAGAUAACGCUUUUCGGAAUAUAGCUGAAAACAAUUUGGCUGCUUGGAAUGCCAUGAUGAUGGGAUAUGCUCAAUCUGGUCACCAUCAUGGUGUCUUUGAUCUGUUCAGCAGGAUGCAAGAAUUUGGCAUGAAACCUGAUGAGAUAACUUAUAUUGGAGUUCUUAGUUCUUGUUGUCAUGCAGGGUUAGUGAACGAAGCACACCAUCAUUUAAAUUCUAUGUUUAAACUUCAUGGAUUGAUCCCAUGUUUAGAACACUAUGCCUGUGUAGUUGAUGUCCUUGGUCGAGUUGGACGCCUGGAAGAUGCAAAGAUAACUAUUGAUCAAAUGCCUAUUUGCCCUGAUGCUCGAAUAUGGCAGAUUCUUUUAUCAGCCUGCAACAUCCAUGGAAACAUUGAUCUAGGGAAAGUUGCAGCUAGAAAUCUUUUUGAGCUGCAGCCCGAAAAUGACUCAGCUUUUGUUCUUCUCUCCAAUCUUUAUGCUUCCGCUGGUAUGUGGAAUGCAGUCAGAGAAUUGAGAAGGAAAAUGAAACAAGAAAUAGUUUGCAAGGAACCUGGUUCUAGUUGGAUUCAAGUUAGGGGAUACAUGUAUUACUUUUUCGCUGGCGAUGCAUCGCAUCCUGAGAGUAAAGAAGUUUAUUCGAAGCUGAAAAGUUUGAAUAAGCAGAUGCUAGAAUUGCCUGAUGCAGACCAAAUGGCACUUUUUCAUUAA